GAAGCGCUGUUUUGGGAGCCGGGAAGUCGGAAGCCGUUUAAAUUCGAGCCGCACUUCUGGGUGGACCGGCUUCACAAGUUUGGCCUUUAUGACUGCCUGAUGACCGACAAAAAAAAUUGUUUCGAUGUCAAGUGCAUCAAACAGUAUCCCUUGCUGCCCGACGGCCCUGAGUCGGACCAAGCGAAAAUCCACAUACUUUAUCGGCGCCCCGACGAGCAUUGCUGGGUCUCGUUGUACAAUCCAGGAGCAGGAGAGCUGUUCCAAAGUUGCAUGCAAAUCUUUGACGCUGGAUAUCAGUCCGACAAGCGCCACAUCGCGCUACACGACCGAUUUGGGCUCAAGGAAGUCAUGCAGCUUUUUGAAAAUGAUGCGAUGGCGUACGGGCCGCAAGCGUUGCACAUCAUUCGCCGAUGUCCAUGUCGCGAUCCACGACGAAGCAAGAAAAAAGGCUUUCUCGAU